AUGGAAAUCAUUCCAGGAGGACCUCCUCCAUUAAUGAUCAAGCUCAACCUUUUCUCAUCAAUGGCGCCUGCCUUCUUCUUAAUCCUCCUCCUCCUUCCUCUUAAUCUUCUCCUCGUCUCCGCCACCCCUGCAAACAAUGCACUCGUCGUAUUCUCGCCUCAAGACAAUUACCUUAUCGAUUGCGGCUCAUCAACCGCCACAACCCUCCCCGAUGGCAGAACAUUCUUAUCUGAUUCCGAUGCAGCAAAGUUUUACUCUUCUAACAAUGAAGACAUUCUAGUUAAUGUCCCUUCAGCUGAAAACGUAACAUCUCCCUUGUUUCUAUCCGCUAAAGUAUUCACGUCCGAAUCUACUUAUAGUUUCCAUAUUGCUAGAGUCGGUUGGCAUUGGAUCAGACUCCAUUUCUAUCCACUUGAUAACAAGGAUCACAAUCUCGCUGCAGCUAGAUUCUCCGUCGUUACAGACACCAUCGUUCUCCUUCACGACUUCACCUUCAAUAGCGAGAAAUCAACGCUCAUCAGAGAGUACAUUAUCAACCUCGAUACAGAACGGUUUUCCAUCAAGUUCAGACCCAAAGACGGGAUCGCGUUUGUGAACGCAAUUGAAGUCGUUUCCGCUCCAGAUAUUCUGAUUCCCGACACUGCUUCCACUCUAUUCCCCAUCAGCGAAUUUUCCGGCCUGUCGGAACAAUCUUUCCAGACCGUCUACAGACUUAACGUCGGCGGUCCGCUUAUUACCCCGCAGAAUGAUACUCUCGAUCGGACGUGGGUACCCGACACCGAGUUCUUGGAGACUAAAGAAAUGGCGAAUACCGUUAAUGUCGCGACUAAUGUUAUCAAGUAUCCUCAGGGAGAAUCGCCAUUGAUCGCUCCCCAAUAUGUUUACGCGACCGCUGUUGUGAUGGCGAACGCGAAUAUGGCGAAUCCAAACUUCAACGUGACAUGGAAUUUAAAUGUGGAUACUUCGUUUGAUGUCCUGGUUCGAUUACACUUCGCUGAUAUUCUUAGUAAGGCGCUCAAUGACUUGUAUUUUAAUGUGUAUAUCAAUGGGAGGGUGGCGAUUUCUGGGUUGGAUUUGUCUACGGUUACUGGCGAUCUUGCCUCGGCGUAUUAUAAGGAUUUCGUUUUCAACGCGUCGAUGGCUAUGAACCCGAUGAAGAUCCAGAUUGGCCCGUUUGAUCAGUCGACGGGACAGAAGAAUGCGAUCAUAAACGGAAUUGAGGUUUUCAAGAUUAAUAAUUCAAUGGGUAGUCUGGAUGGGGAGUUUGACGUGAACGGGAGGAGUAUGAAUGGGGGGAGUAAAGGGACAGUAGCAGCUGUCGGGUUCGCGAUGAUGUUCGGAGCUUUUGUCGGGUUGGGUGCCAUGGCUGUGAAAUGGCAGAAACGACCUCACGAUUGGCAGAAGAGGAAUAGCUUCUCAUCAUGGCUUCUCCCUUUACACGCAGGCGACACCAGUUUCAUGGCUAGCAAAUACGGGUCAAGGAAAAGCCAAUUCUUCUCUUCGACCAACGGCCUUGGCCGAUGGUUCUCAUUCGCUGAAUUAUCAGACGCGACAAAGAAUUGGGAGACAGUGAUAGGCGUGGGAGGAUUUGGAAACGUCUACAUCGGUGCUAUCGACGAAGGAACACAAGUAGCAGUUAAACGAGGCAACCCGCAAUCCGAACAAGGGAUAAACGAAUUCCAAACCGAAAUCCAGAUGCUAUCCAAGCUAAGACAUCGCCAUUUAGUGUCCUUGAUCGGUUACUGUGAUGAGAAUUCGGAGAUGAUCCUCGUUUACGAGUUCAUGUCCAAGGGUCCUUUAAGAGAUCAUCUCUACGGAAAGAAUUUGCCUCCGCUAUCGUGGAAACAGAGGUUGGAAUGUUGUAUUGGUGCUGCCCGCGGCCUUCAUUACCUCCACACGGGAACUCAACAGGGCAUCAUUCAUCGAGACGUGAAAACGACCAAUAUCUUGUUGGAUGACAAUCUAGUGGCGAAAAUGGCAGACUUUGGGUUGUCUAAGGACGGUCCAACCACUGAUAAUAACUACGUGAGCACGGCUGUGAAAGGUAGUUUCGGGUAUUUGGACCCGGAAUACUUUAGGAAACAGCAGCUGACGGAUAAAUCAGACGUGUACUCUUUCGGUGUGGUUAUGCUGGAAGUGAUUUGCGCUCGACCUGCUCUGAACCCGCAGCUGCCUCGAGAGCAGGUGAAUUUGGCGGAGUGGGCCAUGCAGUGGAAGAGAAAAGGAAUGUUGGAGAAGAUCGUUGAUCCUAAUCUUCAAGGAAAUGUAAACCCGGAAUCCAUGAAGAAAUUUGCAGAGGCUGCUGAGAAGUGUUUGGAAGAAUAUGGUGUGGAUAGGCCAACCAUGGGAGAUGUCCUUUGGAAUAUGGAGUAUGCUCUGCAACUUCAGGAUCAAUCUUCUUCUAAAGAAGAUGAUGAAAACAAGGAAACUUCUGCACCAGCAGCAGCAGCACCACCUACGGCAGAAGGCGCCACCAAACCAGCUGAAACUCAGGCAGUUGACGAGCAUUCCGGGUCUGCUGUGUUCAACCAACUUACAGACGGUAGAUAAGAUGAAUAUGGAGAAAAUUUCUUUUAAAAAAAAAAAUACUACUAAUACUAAAAAAAAUGUUUGAAGAAUGAGAGAAUCCAGUUUUUUUUUUGUUCU